UGGAUGCGUUGCACACCCAGUCUGGAGUCUGGAAGUCAUUUAUAACAGGAGAUCCGACUGCAAUGUUUCGGAAGGAUGGAUCAAGUGCAAUCAGCAAGUCACAGUAUAACCGAGUGAAGGAGAGGGAUAGCAGCUCAGAAGCGUGCAGGAGGUGGACUACUAUGCAGAUAACAACUUGUUCCUGCACGAAAAGCUAGAAAGGAAACACCUGUCUCCUGUCCACUUGAUAAAGGCAUCCUCUGUUACACGAGAGCUGGAGCUACAAUGAAGGAUAAGGCAAAGUACUUCCUCUGCGAGGACAGGUUCAUUGAAGGCAAAGCAAAAUGAAGUUUAUCCUCAGAGCCGCAGUUUUCCAUUUCCUCAUCCUCUAUGCAGUGCACGUUUUAGCCAUUAAUAUCCAGUCUGAACCUGCAUUCAACGAUGAGGGUGUUAUACAGGUAAAGCUCAAUGACCCUGUAUCGCUGGUUUGUACGCUUGGUGUUACUAAAGCUGAAGAAGAGCUGGUCUGGCUGAGGAAUGAUGCAGCGGUUCUUCUGAAGGAAGGGAACAACAAGAAUCGCAGCAGUCUGUGUGUCACACCGACCUAUGAAGAUAAUGGUGCCAAGUUCACUUGCCACCAAAAAGGCAAUUCCACAGAUCAAGUCUCUGUCACCCUGAAUGUCACAUUCGCCCCAAAUAUCUCUGAAACAGUGGAAGUUACAGUUGAAGAGGAGGAUGACCUUGUCUUGGAGUGUGACACAAGGGCCAAUCCACUUGUCUCCUCUGUGACAUGGUCACUAAAUGGAAGCCUGGUGGAUCUACUAGCAGAUGGCCUCUCUGUGAUCAAUAAUGGCUUAACAAGUCAGCUGACAUCCAGCAAAGUGAAGAAAAGCUUGCAUGGAGGCAUGUACACGUGCACAGUGGACUCUCCUAUGUAUGGAAGUAGCAGCAGGCAUUUCCAAGUCACAAUAACAGACAAAACCAUGAAGUUCCCACUGGGGCCCAUGAUAGCUGGGCUGGUGGUUGUGGCUCUCACUGCUCUUCUUGCUGUUGUUUCAAGGUGGAGGAAAAUCGUAAAGUGCUGCAAGUAAGUUGUGCGCAAAAUAACCAGUCUUCUCUACAUCACCAAACGAGACAAGCCAUGAAGAUAAUGGAAAGGAAUGCUUUGUCAUUUUGAGAGAUACAUCUAUUCUACAUUUAAGUUUUCUUCCCAAUGUAUAAACAAUGAAUAUUCUUAUAUAUACUAUAUGGACAAAAGUGCAGGGCUACAUAUGCAUUACACCUACAGGAGCUGCACAGCCAUGGAAACUCACGUUAUGUAGCUCCCAGCUUGUGCUGAUGUUAAUGCCAGAGGACAUUUGGCCCUCUGCAGUUAUUGAGCGAGCAGAGCACUGGCGACUUUCAUGCACUACACUGUAACUUCAUGUGAUCUGCUACAUUGUGUGGCUCCUGAACACUUCCACUGUACAAUAAUACUACAGCUGACUGUGUACUAUCUAGGUGGAGAACAACUUCAGGAAGUGACUUCUUGUAAUAGAAAUAUCCGAUCAAAUUCACAUUCAGCUCUUUAGCACAACAUGUUCAUUCCCAAAUAUUUGUAAUGGGAGACAGCAUGGCUAGGUGCUUGAUGUUACACACCUGUGACAGCAGGGCUGAAAACACCUGAAUUUAAAGAUUAAUAGGUGUGGCCUAAAGCUUUUGUCCAUAUAGUGUAUUUCUGUUAUGUAAACAGCUAGCUAGUUUAGCUUAGAGUGAAACUUAAGUGAAACACUUAGGUAGUGUUAGUCUAACUGUAAUCAACUCAUAAAACUUACAGUAUGUUAGUUUUUCUAUGUGUUAUACAAUCAGGGUAUAACUUAUCAGUUAAAUGUCCUGUUACCUUUGGUUAAAACCAGACUAGCGUGUUCCCCAUGUUUCCUGUCUUACACUGUGCUAACUGUCUGAUAAUGGUAGCUGCAUAUGUUCAGAAACAAUAAUAACAAUAAUGAUGCAGCUAGUAAACCUCAUCUUUCCAAUGCAAUCAAUGCAAUAUAAACUGUCUUUGUCUGUAAGAUCAUUUUUAUUGGUUAUUAUACAAUAUAGAUAUAUAUAUAUAUAUUACCAGACACAGACAGAAACCACCAUUCACACUGUCACAUUUAACUGCUAUUGUAUGAGAAAUGCAUGCACUUACCCUGAUAUAUAUCUCAUGCUGGCUUCUGCAUAUUAAUCAGUGUGCUUUUUAAAACAAUAAAGAGACAGAUAAUUGUCAGACUAAUUGUGUUAAAAACCAAAAAGCUGCUUAAAAGAGAGUAACUCAAUGCUGAAGCUGAUGCUUUGAUAAUACCCAGUGUGAAACUAUCAAACUGCUGUCAAA